GCGACGCAGAGGCAGCUGACGGAAGUGCCCGUGUUGUUGUGUGUUGAGCGGGUCUGCGGCGUUACCGUGAGAUGAGCGGCGCUACCGUGUCAUGAGCUCCGCGCGCAUCAUGGCAGCUCUACCGGGCCAGACAGAUGAUCCCGCGGAACCGGACGAGUCCCUGCAGCACAUGCUGAAGGCCAUCGCGGACGAGCGGAACCGCCUGAACGUCAGACAGGACCUCAGCGGACUGGGGUGCUUUAAGGAUGACCGCAUCGUAUUUUGGACAUGGAUGUUCUCCACAUACUUCAUGGAGAAAUGGGCGCCGCGGCAGGAUGAUAUGCUGUUCUACGUGCGCCGCAAGCUCUCGUACGUCAGCGAGGACAACACAGAAGGGAAGAAGGUGGAGGUGGAGGUCUACAGAAGAGACUCUAAAAAGCUGCCUGGUCUCGGAGAUCCGGAUAUCGAUUGGGAGGAGAGCGUGUAUCUCAAUCUCAUCCUGCAGAAACUGGACUAUGUGGUCACCUGUGCGGUUUGCACACGCUCAGAUGCAGGAGACAUCCACAUCCACAAAAAGAAAUCGCAGCAAGUGUUCGCCUCCCCGAGCAAACACCCAAUGGACAGCAAAGGGGAAGAGUCGAAAAUGAGCUACCCCAACAUCUUCUUCAUGAUCGACAACUUUGAGGAGGUGUUCAGCGAUAUGACUGUUGGCGAGGGUGAGAUGGUGUGUGUGGAGCUGGUGGCCAGCGAUAAAAGCAACACCUUUCAGGGCGUCAUCUUCCAGGGCUCCAUUCGCUAUGAGGCCCUUAAGAAGGUCUACGACAACCGGGUAAGUGUUGCGGCUAAGAUGGCCCAGCGGAUGUCAUUUGGCUUUUACAAGUACAACAAUAUGGAGUUUGUGCGGAUGAAGGGUCCUCAGGGCAAAGGACAUGCGGAGAUGGCUGUGAGUCGAGUGCCCACCGGAGACACCUCGCCCUGCGGCACCGAGGAGGAUCAAGACUCUCCUUUGCAUGAGAGGGUGACGUCAUUCAGCACUCCGCCGACCCCCGAGAGAAACAGACCGUCCUUCUUCUCACCGUCGCUCCGCCGGAAAGUGCCCCGCAAUCGAAACGCCGAGAUGAAGAAGUCACAUUCAGCAAACGACAGCGAGGAGUUCUUCAGGGAAGAGGAGGACGAAGAUCUGUGCAAUGCAUCAAACCUGCGCUCCCGCUCUCUGUCAGGGACGGGUCGAUCUCUAGUGGGCUCGUGGCUCAAACUAAACAGGAAAGAGGAGUAUUUUCUGCUGUAUUCACAUCUCACCUACGUGACUCUUCCUUUGCAUCGCAUCACCACAGAUAUCCUGGAGGUCAGACAAAAGCCCAUUCUGAUGACAUAGCAUCUCCUGACAUCCUCAGAGAAAACAAAGCUACCAAGUGCCUCCUCACAUCAGGCCAUGAGGAACUGCCACCCGCCGUCUGGACACACACAACCAAAAACGAACACUCCACAGCGGACGAGAAGAGGAGAAGCCAACACACUGCAUCAAGAAGUGCCUCUUCCAGCGGACUCCAGACCUGCGCUGCAAGAAACGCCUGUCGUACGUCGAGUUUUUCGUCUCGUUUCUAGCCAAAGUCUUGAAUCAAGAAGCUUUUUCUGGAUAAGCUGAAAGAAAUAGUCUAAUUUCAGAAAUAAUACGUCAAAAUUAAGCAAGUUCGUCCUCAAAACAA